AUGGCAACACAAGAAGCGAAGGCGGCGCAAACUCUGUCAGGGACACAACGCGCGGUGCGGUGGUACCCACCAGCGUACGAUAUCCGCGUCGAAUCCGUCCCUAUUCCCCAGAUCGUAGACCCGGACGAUGCUAUCGUUAAAGUUACGCUCGCGGGCCUCUGCGGGAGCGACUUGCAUAUCUACCGUGGCCACGAAGAUGUCGAUAGCGAUCUGACAUGCGGUCACGAAGUCGUGGGCGAAGUCGUCGCACUCGGACCUAGCUUCCAUGCAGACGCGACUGGCCGGCCCGAGUUGUACUCUACCCUCCGCGUCGGGGACAAGGUCGUCUCCCCGUUCACCGUCUCAUGCGGAGAGUGCCACUUCUGCCGAAUCGGGUUCACCUGCCGGUGCAUCCACUCAUGCCUAUUCGGCAUCCCGACACUCCCGGGAGGGCAAGCAGAGUACAUCCGCAUCCCCAAGGCCGGCGGGACACUUUUCAACCUCGGCGCGCUGCAGUCGUCCAGCACGACACAGCUGGCGGAUAGCUCUCUUAUCCUGCUCGCAGACAUCCUCCCGACGGGCGUAUUCGCAGCUAUGCAGGCGCUGCAGCACCCGAAGAUCGCGCCGAUGCUGACGGGCGUGCCGUACCCAUUCGGCGGCUUCGACGACCGCAUCCUCACGAUUGGCAUUGUCGGACUAGGCCCUGUCGGAGUAUGCGCGACCGUCAGCCUGCUAGACAUCCUCGCGGGUCUCGAGAAGAGCCAGGGGCUCGUGUACCAAGUAAUCGCGAUCGACCCGCUCGAGCCCCGCAGGAGCAAGAUGCAGGCUGUCUACGACGCAAUCGCGCAGUCCGGGAAGGGCAACGGCCGCUUCGCGAUCGCGUCCGUCGAAGACGGCAAGGCGCUCGCGCUCGAGUGGACGAGCGGCGCCGGUUGUAACGCCGUCCUCGAGGUCGUCGGCAACCCCAGCGCGCUCAGCCUGGCGUACGACAUCGUGCGCCCCUUCGGCACUGUCAGCUCCGUCGGGGUGCACCAGGAGCCGCCGCUGCCGUUCACCGGUCGCGACGUGUACAACAAGAACGUGUCGUUUGACUUUGGGCGGUGUCCGGUGCGCGCGAUGUUCCCGAUCGCGCUCGAGAUCCUGUUGAAGCGGCAGGACGUGUUCGGGGGCGUGGGCGCGGAGGCGAGUUUGAUCGACAGGAUUGUCGGGUUUGGCGAGGCUGUGGAUAUGUACAAGCUGUUCGAUAAAGGGCAAUGCGGGAAGAUCCUUUUCGAUCCCUCGCUGUGA